GUUGCAGCUGCUGGGUUCCCAGUGAUGAAAAAACAUGCAUUCUGUUGUUUACAUGAUACUUUUCUCUUACUUAAUGAUUGUGACCACACAAAUUGAAGUAGAAUAUCAGAUAUUUGAACAAAAACCACAACAGCAAUGCACAUAUUUUGAAAUUGAUAGAUAUGCUACUCCAACACAUGGACUGGUCAACUGUUCUUGGUAUGCUCCCAAGGCGUGCUGUAAAACCACAGAAGUCAUAUCAGUAUUUACCACAAUGUUUCCUUUGUAUGAAGCUUCUCAGGCAUGUCAGAACCAACUUAAUUAUAUGAUGUGCUUUUUUUGUGAUCCAAAUCAAAGAAUUUGGUAUAAUCAAGACACAGAUCACAAAGUACAUAUAUGUGCUGAUUUCUGUAGAAUGGUGUAUAAAAGUUGUAGAUCAGCACAGUACAAUGGGAAUGAAAUAGGUGAAAGCUAUCUCAACGAAACAUCAUUUUGUGAAGCACAGAAUUUCAGACUUGUAGAAGGGAAGAAAAAUUGCUUCAACUUUGACCCAACAGUAUUUGGAAGAACAUCGCUGCUUGAAGUUAACAUAACCAUCAUGUUUGGAGUAGCCAUCAUUUUAAUGAGUUUACAAGAUAUACUAAGCUAAUAUAUAGUGAAACCUUUAUUCCUAUUUUUCACACAGGCAGUUACUCUUAGUGGUGUGAUCAUACUGUAAGGGGUACUGGGAAAAUCAAAACUAUUGAAACUUAUAUCACUUAUUUUAAAUCAUUGAACUCAGAUUUUUCAUACACAAGUUUUGGCAAUCUAUACCCUAAAGGUACUAUAUCUUUCAAGGAUUAUCACAAGUUUUGGUAGUUCACACUAAAUUGUGCAGUGAAUCAUUGAUGCAAUUUUAUACUGUUAAUUCAGAGAUAAUGACGUGCAUUUAUUAUUGUGGUUUUGUCAUUUUAGACUAGAAUGCCAUGUUAUUUUUUGCAAUAUUUAGAAAAAUCUUGUUAAAUUCAUUUAGAAAAUUUCAAAAUGCAUGUUUAAAUUAUUGCGUUUUAUAAUGUUAAUCCUGUCACAUUUUUUCGCAAUAAUAAAACCAUGGCAAUAAUUUCUGAAUUUCAGUAUACUAUACAUAGAUACUCAAGUUACAAUAUGAUGUAAAUUAGAAUUACCUAAAUUUAUGAAGAAUUACACAAGUAAUGCAUAGUGAAUAAAUCUGUUAUAAAUCUAAGGUUUAACUGCAAAUGUACAAUUAUAAAAUCUUUAAUUUACCAAGCUAAAUACAAUUCAAUGGUUUACAAUAGAUUCACAAUAUUGCAAAAUGAAGGUUAUCUUUACCCUUAGUACUACAACAUUGACUAGAGUUAUAGAGAGGAAUCCGAGGGGAUACUUUACGAUCUAAAGUUAAUGAUAUCUUGAAAAUCAAGGACAUAUCAUAUAAUGAUUUUAAAUGUAUAGUACUGUAUAAUGUUUGAAAAUCAUUGUUUUCCCUUGGAAUACAUAAUAAAACAAUUACAGUCUUUUGUAUUGAUAAAUAUAUGGUUAAGUUGACUUUUGAAAAACUCAUAUUCAGUUGGAUUGUCUGCCUGAGUGAAUAUAAGCUAAGUAUUUCAAUUUUUUCAACACUGACUUUAAUUUUUUGUAAGUUCUAUUAUUUUAAAGAUUCAGUUUAACAAAACAAUGGUUUCCUUUACAAAAUUUAUUAAGUUGCUUUGUAAAAAAUAAAAAAAAAUUCACUGCAUUAUUGUCGAGGCUGCAACUUUUGUUGCAGAAAGCUCGACAUAGGGAUAGUGAUCCGGCGGCGUCUACAGCGGCGGCUAUGGCGGCGGCGGCGUUAGCUCACUUCUUAAAAGCUUUAUAUUUUAGAAGGUGGAAGACUUGGAUGCUUCAUACUUUGUAUAUAGAUGCUUCAUGUUACGAAGUUUUCGUCAGUUUCAUGUCCAAUGUCCUUGACCUCAUUUUCAUGGUUCAGUGACCACUUGAAAAAAAAUUCAGAUUUUUUGUAAUGUUGACGUCUUUCUUAUUAUAAGUAAUAAGGUAACUAUAUUUGAUAUGUGCGUAUCUUGCAAAGUCCUCAUGUCUGUCAGACAGUUUUCACCUGACCUCGACCUCAUUUCAUGGAUCAGUGAACAAGGUUAAGUUUUGGUGGUCAAGUCCAUAUCUCAGAUACUUUAAGCAAUAGGGCUUGUAUAUUCGGUGUAUGGAAGGACUGUAAGGUGUACAUGUCCAACUGGCAGGUGUCACCUGACCUUGACCUCAUUUUCAUGGUUCAGUGGUUAUAGUUAAGUUAUUGUGUUCUGGUGUGUUUUUCUCAUACUAAAUGCAACAGGUCAACUAUAUUUGUUGUAUGGAAUGAUCUUUAGGUGUACAUGUCUAGCGGGCAGAUGUCAUGUGACCUUGACCUCAUUUUCAUGGUUCAGUGGUCAAAGUUAAGUAUUUAAAUGUUGGUCUUUUUAUCUAAUACUAUAUGCUAUAGGUCAACUAUAUUUGGUGUAUGGAAAUAUUUUAUGAUCUUUAUGUCAGUCGUGCAGGUUUUAUUUGAACGUGCCCACAUUUUCAUGGUUCAUUGCACAGUGUUAAGUUUUUGUGUUUUAGUCUAUUUUUCUUCAACUAUAAGUAAUAGGUCAACUAUAUAUGUUGUAUAGAUAAAUGAGAUGUUGUAACUCAGGUUACACUGUAUUACAGGAAAGGUAGUUAUCAUCGAUUUUUUGGGGGUUCUUCAUUUUAUGAAAGCUAGGGAAAGACCUCCAUCAAAGCAAUUUCUCCACUACUCAUUAUUAUUUGAAUACAUGUAUUAUUGUAAAAUCUGUUUCAUAUUUUGUAUUAAACCUUGACACAUUCCCCGAACAAUAUUGGUUACUAAUGUUUAUAAAUAUUAUGAUACACAAUUAACAUUUUUACACAUUGUUUUAAUGAGCUUUGUGUUUAGUUGUGGUUUUGAUUGUUGUGAUAUCUAGUCAGUAUUCGUAGACAAAUAUGUGUGAAUAUGUUGUUUAAAAAUUACCCAUUUUUUUUGUAAAUUGAAGAUUACAUCAUGUUUCACCUUAAUAUUUAAG